AUGAUUCUUGAAUCAUUAACAAACGAGUCAAUACAUGAAAUAUUCGAAUAUCUCAGUAUGGAUCAUCUUCUUAAUGCAUUUUAUAAUCUUAAUGUUCGUUUUAAUACGCUCAUUUAUGAUCAUAUUCGAGAUCAUAAUGGUCUUUUUCAAUCCAUAUCUAAAUCAUUGUUUAACACAAUUUGUAUCGAAUAUCUUCCUAUGAAUAUACAUCGAAUUGUUUCACUUCAUUUGUCUAACAAUGAUGAUUCACCACAACAAAUCGAAUGCUUCUUCAAUAAUGGUUUCCAUCUUCGAGAAUUUAUUCAACUUCGAUCUCUCACAUUACAACAUAUUCAUAAUGAAAAUACAAUGAGACGAAUAAUAUUCGAAUUGUGUUAUCUACCUUUACUUACUGAAUUGAAUUUGUAUCAAUAUUAUUUUCGUAAUCAUCCAAAAUAUCAACUAAAAUUUGUCAACAGUAUUUGGAGUUUACCAAAACUCGUUCGAUUGAAUCUAAACAUUGUACCGGAAUACAAAUGCUAUUUUCCUGUACCGACCGUCAUCUCAUCAAGCAUCAAAUAUCUUUCUGUCACUGGUGUUUAUUAUGAAAGUAAUCAAAUCGAUCGUCUCUUUCAAACUACACCUCGACUUCGAUCGUUACGAAUUGAAAUGACAUGUACAACAUCAAAUGAACACUUUUCGAUCGUUCUACCAUCGUUAAAACGAUUGAAUAUCAUGUUUCAUUCAGCUCAACAAAGCACAAUCGAAAAUCUCUUACGCAAUUUACCCAAUUUAAAUGCAUUAAAAAUUGAAAUGUUAAAUUUUUGUUUAAAUGGUCAUGAUUGGAAACGAAUCAUCACUAAUUAUCUAUUGAAACUUAAGCGAUUCGAAUUUAAAGUAGACGAUAAUUUUUCGAAUGAUAAUAUGAUAGAUAAAAAAAUUAAUCAACUUCUACAAACUUUUCAAACUCAAUUCUGGAUUGAUAUUCAUCGAUGGUUUGUUCAAUGUGAUCUAUUCGAAAAGGAGCAUUAUUCUUUGUACACAUUACCAUAUGCAUUUAAAGAUUUUUCUCAAUUACCAUGUUUUUCAAAAUCAACUUGUUCCGAUGAUUUUAAUCAUUCUCAUACAUAUGAUUAUGUAUGUAAUUUAUCGAAUCUAUUGACAUUUUCAUCGUAUACAAUCAAUUUUCAUUUUCAUUUUCAAAAUCUUCAUCAACUCUCUAUUAAAUGUCCUAUCGAUCAAUCAAUUUGGUCGUGUAUUUCAAAUCUAGAUCGUCUAUACUCGUUGCGUAUUUAUUGGUAUGAUGGUCGAAAAUCGUAUCGUUCUCAAUUACAAACGAUUCUUAAUCGAGCACCAAAUUUAAAUUCUCUGAGUUUGCUGAAUUCACCAUCGGCAAUUUCACAAAUGAUCUCAUUUCAAUACAGAAGUAUCUCAAUACGUCAACUAGAUCUUCAACCAUUGGGUGAUUGGUAUAAUAAACAAGAUUGUCAAACAUUGAGUCGUUCAUCACUCGGAAUUCAAUGUCAAACGCUUUGUAUUCGUGUAGAAAAUCGAGCAUGUAUAUUUGAUCUCGUUCAUACAAUGACAAAUUUACGUUCGCUCAAUGUUCGAUGUCGUGAUGAUACAUGGAACGAACACAUGACAUCAGACAAUGAUGAAUUAAUCCAUUGGUUGAAAACGUAUCUGCCAUCGACAUGUACAAUAACUAGAGAUUCUUAUUCACAAUCGAGAAAUCUUCGUUUGUGGAUUCGUUAA